UUCACGUGAAUUUGUGUAAUCGGGCAUAGGUAACUUGUAAACCCGUUCCCAGGUAGCUAUCGCAUUAUUACUUUGUCAAAUGAAUUCAAAUACGCUCAAUCAGAAGUCAUUCAUACCAACACCACCGGAGAAGGGAAGCUUUCCACUUGAUCACGAAAAUAUUUGCAAAAAAUACUAUCUGCUGUACAUGAGCUGUUUGCGUCGGAACAACGAUAACAACUCACAGUGUCGACAGGAAGCUAAAGAGUAUCUGGGUUGUCGUAUGCAAAACAAUUUGAUGGAGCAGACCCAGUGGUCCAAGCUGGGUUUCGAAGAAGAGAAAAACAAGGAAAAUAAAUAA